CGGGAAAUCAUUUGAAAGCAGGAUGUCUUCGGCAAACAAGGCCAAGGGCAAGGGCGGCAAGAACCGUCGCCGAGGGAAGGGCGACGUUGAAGAGAACAAGCGUGAGUUGGAGUUCAAGGAAGAUGGCCAAGAAUACGCCCAAGUGCUGCGCAUGUUGGGGAACGGUCGCUUGGAAGCGUACUGCUACGACGGGGUGACUCGUCUCGGACACAUUCGCGGUAAAAUGCGCAAGAAGGUGUGGGUCGGUGUCGGGGACAUUGUGUUGGUGUCGUUGCGUGAAUACCAAGAUGGCAAGGUUGACAUCAUCCACAAGUACAACGCGGACGAAGCACGUAGUUUAAAAGCGUACGGCGAACUUCCCGACAACGCGCGCAUCAACGAAACAAGCGUGGACAUGGACGGCGCAGGCGACGACGACGACUGCGGGUUUGAAUUUGACGACAUUUAAGCAGCGUGGACGAGCCCACUCGAUGCAUGCAAGAUCUAACGUAGAGGUUUUAUUCCACGUGAGGUUCUUAGCUAGGUUUCAGACUCGUCGUUACUUGGUGAUGCAGGCUGUAUAUCUCCUACCGCAUCCUCGUUUCUCGCUCUGUAGUGCCUUGGCGAUAUCAUGCGUUCGUUAAUGUCACCUGUAACAGUUGGGGAUUGUCAUGUCACUUCUGCUAGACUUUCGAUAACCAAUUAUAUUCGCUCUGAACCAUUUAGCAACUUCUAAUUGGCUAAAAUACCUUUGUUUCGUA